AUGUCAGGGACAUUCUCAUCGGUUCCCCAAGUCGAUUACUCUCGUCUGAAAGACCCUUCUACAAGAGAUGACGAACUUACAAAGCUACGGGAGGCAAUCUUUGUGGUCGGCUUCUUGUACCUGACCAAUACUGGAUUGGAGGAUCUGAUACGCCGAACGCAUGAUGAUAUCCCGCGGCUGUUUGAAUUGCCUGACGACGUCAAGGAACAGUGCAAUAUGAUCCACUCUCCGUCUUUUCUGGGAUAUACCCGUCUUGGGGCUGAGACCACCGCAGCCAAGACUGAUAUUCGGGAACAAUAUGAUUUUGGAACCCCUGGUAUGAAGGAUUGGACGGAUCGGGAUCCAUUCUGGCAACGUCUUGAGGGCCCCAACCAGUAUCCAAAUUACCCUGGCGCGCAGGCGCUGGUCGAUGAGUACAUCGCCAAGAUUGAUGGGCUUGCCCAGGAUUUUGUCCAUCUCGUGGCAGAGAGUCUGGCCCUGCCUACCAACACUUUUGACGACUUUAAAGGCCAAAUGAGCCGAUUGAAGUUCGUCAAGUAUCCCCAGUCGGCACCGAACUCGCAAGGUGUGGGUCCUCACAAGGACUCGGCUGGUCUUUUUACCUUUCUUUCCCAGGACAACACCGGCGGACUGCAAGUUUUGAAUAAGAAUGGAGAAUGGAUCGAUGUUCCUCCCAUCGAGGGUAGCUUGGUGAUUAAUAUCCAGCAGGGAUUUGAGGCCAUUACCGGGGGAGUUUGUGCUGCCACCACCCAUCGUGUCAUUGCACCUACUUCUCGUACUCGAUACAGCAUCCCAUACUUCCUGGGAGUUCGCUUGGAUUUGACUCUGAAGGAGCUCAAGGAAUCCGCUGCUCACAUUGUGCAACGCAUUCCGGCAUCCGACGACCGGAAGAAGCGAGCAGUUGACGUUCCUAGCGAAUUCCUGUCUCCUCUCUACUCCUGCUUCGGCGAGGCGCACUUGCGAAAUCGCAUUCUCAGCCACCCAGACGUCGGUCGGCGUUGGUAUCCCGAGCUGCAUGCAAAGUAUUCUCAGCAGAUUUUGAAGUAA